AUGCAAAGUUCUUUUAUUUCAGAUUAUUCUACUAAACAAACAUAUGAUGAUUAUAUGAAAGUAAUUAAACAAUUACUUUCUAGUAAUGCAAAAGAUAUAUAUGAACAUUGGGGAAUUAUAUGGGCAUCAUUAAGAAUGUUAUUAGAAAUGACACCAGGGACAUUAGGGAAUAGUAAAAUUAAAAUAAGUAAUAAUAAUGACGAUAUUAUUAAAAGUAAAUAUUUAAAACAAAUUCAUAUCAUUGAUUUAUCAGAACAAUCACAAAUUAAUUUUCAAUUUUCUUUAAAUAAAGAAACAAUAUUUCAUUAUAAAGAUUUUAUGAAAAUAUCUCAAAACCAAAGUUUUACUAUUAAUCGAUUUAAUGUCUUUUCUAAAGCUCUUAAAAGUGAAAUUGGACAACUAAUACAAACCCAUUCUCCUAUUACUUAUACUUUCAUUCUUAAUUAUGAAAAAAACUCUGCAACAGUUCUUCAUUUAAUUUAUCUUCCAAUUCUACGUAUUUCAAAUCAAUCACCUUCACCUUUCUAUUUAGUUUGUAUUACUAUUCAAUUACCUAUUCCUCAUAGAGAAGUAAUUGAAGAAUCAGUUACUUUACAUACUUCAGAAACACCUCAAUAUCAUAGUAAUUCGUUUAAUAAUUUAUCUUUAUCAACAGACCAUGAAACAAUUCUAUCUGACAUCUCAGGUUCUUCUCCAAUAGAAACACAAAUCAUUGAUGAAGAAAAAAAAAUUAAAACACAAGAAGAAUUAGAUAAUGAAAAUAGAAAAAAAAUAUAUGAAAAACAACAAUUCUGUUUACAAACAAUGCAAAAAUUUGAAAGCGUUAAAGGGUUAUCAAUUUAUAAACAAUUAUUAGAAUUAUUAACUGAUUCAAUUAAUAUGAUGAUAUUUAAUGCCACACUAAUCAUUUUUAGAAAUAUUUCAAUUCAAAAUUAUAGACCAGAAAAUGCUAAAAAAUUAUCAAUAGAUUAUAUUAAUGAUAUGAUUAGAAAUAUUUCUGAAAGUUUUGAUGUUGCAGUAAAUUGUAUUUAUAAUCCAGUUGAACCUAUUUAUGAUCCUGAUCAACAAAUCACAAAUAUCACAAAAAAAUCUCUCUUUAGUAAAGAAAAGAAAAACGAAUAUCCUUUUUCUUCUCAGUUUAUUUCAAUGGUUUUAACUGCUCAUUUAGAAACUUAUUUUACUAUUGUUUUAGCUCAAUCAGAUAAAACAAAAAAUUUCUUUCAUUCAUUAUUUUAUUCAUUAAAUCCACCUCAAUUUACAACAACUUCAAAUAAUCCAUUCACCUGUUUCCCUUUCUUUGUACCAAGAAGAAAUUGGUUUGUUAAAGCCAUCUUUUUAACUGAAUUAGAACAACGUUCUCUUUAUGACAUUCCAUUACCUUACUGUGUUAUUAAUUGUCAAACUAUGCAAGUCGCAAUAUCAAAAAGUUCUUCAAUGUAUGAACAUUUUUGUUAUCGAGCAACAGCACAAGUAUCAAUUGCGGCUAAAGCACUUCAAUGUCAAUUUCCAAUUUCUGCAAUUCCUCCUGAUAGAAGUUUAAGAUUAUUACAAAGAAGUCCAACAACUGAAAAUAUUUCAACAAGACUUUUAUAUUAUUAUUAUUCAAAUCAACUCUCUCUUAGUUAUAUCGAAAUAUGUAAAUUCCUUGAAUAUUAUCAACAAAAAGCUCGAAUUGUUCUUUCAAUUAUCAAAACUGAAGGAAUAAAUAUGACAGUUCUUACUGAAUUAGAAGAACUAUUUCAAUGUAAUUCAGCUGAUGAAAUGAUGUUAAUUUUAAGUUUCUUAAAAAGUGAUUAUCCGAUUACAGCACAGUUUUAUGCAUUAAUAGAGAAGAAAGUAAGAAUUGAUUAUUAA